AUGGCAAACACAUCCACAGCUACCAAAACUGUAAAGAAAACACUGCCAAUGAUAGCUUACUCAGCAGGACAGAAGUUAACAACAGACAUGCCAAGCAGUGAAAAACCAAAACCUGCACCAACCCUACAAAGCCUACAAGCCUCAUUAAACAUGAUCCAGGAAUUUAUGAUAAAAAAACAAUCAAUAACCAAAAACCACAAGGAAAUGAAAGGUGGUCUAGGAGAAGUGAAAGAUGAUAUAAAGAAGUUGGAUGAUAGAAUGGGGAAGAUACAGAAAACAAUAGCCAAAAAUGAGCAGAAAAUAAAACUGGGGUUUCCUGGAUCUGACAACAAUGAUCUUGGUCCUCCGGGUAAAAGAGGAAAUCUGGGGCAGCAGGGUGUUUCAGGGUUACAAGGAAUACCUGGACCCUUAGGACCUCAAGGUCCCCCUGGCCAUCAGGUUAAUGCAGGAAUCAAAGGUGAAUCUGGUGCUAAAGGAAAAGUAGGCCAUCUGGGUCCAAAGGGUGAACAAGGUGAUCCUGGAGAAAAAGGGCAAAAGGGACUACCUGGAACAAGAGGUUUUCCUGGCUUUGAUGGUAGUAAUGGCUAUGGCCUUAUAGGAAGAAAAGGCACAAAGGGAUUGACUGGAUCUCCUGGAAACCCUGGACAACAGGGAGAAGUUGGUGAUCCAGGCAAUCCUGGCAAUAAAGGUGCCAAAGGAAUCAAAGAACAAAGGGCCAGAAAUGGAACACCGGGGACAAAGGGUAAUCCAGGCAGUCAAGGACCACCUGGAAAAAUGGGUCCAAAAGGUCCAAAAGGCAUAACUGCUAUAACUACCUGUCAACUUGUGAACCUUACAAGAGGAAACUGCCCUUGCUGUGUAGGGAAGAGCAAAUGUCCAGUUUACCCAACUGAAGUGGUGUUCGCUCUUGACAUGUCUGAAGAUGUUACUCCAAUUUCCUUUGAAACGAUGAAAGGCAUUAUGAAGUCUUUGCUGAAGGAUUUGAGCAUUAGCAGAAGCAAUUGCCCAACUGGUGCUCGGAUAUCAGUGCUUUCAUACAAUACCAAUAUAAAGUACCUUAUCCGGUUCUCUGACUUUCAGAGAAAAGAUCUCCUUAUGGAGGCAGUAGAGGGAAUUCCUUUGGAGAGGUCUUCAGGCCAGCGGAAUAUUGGAAGAGCCAUGCGCUUUGUUGCCAGGAAUGCUUUUAAACAUCAUCGCCAAGGGGCUCUUAUCAGAAAAGUUGCUAUUUUCCUUACUGCUGGCCCAUCACAAGAUGCUGCUUCCAUCAAUACAGCUGUGCUGGAAUUCAGUGCUUUAGAUAUUAUCCCAACAGUCAUUGCUUUGAGAGAAGCAUCAAAUGUCAGAGAAGCAUUUUUGACAGAUGAUACUGGUCGAUUUAAAUUGUUUGUUUGGGAAUCCAAGGAUGAACAGAGAUUGAAUUAUGUUUCACUUUGUUCUCUCUGCUAUGAUGCAUGUAACCCUGUUUCACAAUGUGAAAUAGUGGAUCCCCCUCCAAUUAAUAUAAAUAUGGAUGUAGCUUACAUCAUGGAUGGCUCUCAGGAUGUCAGCAGUGAGGUGUUUGAAACAAUGAAGGAGUUUGUGAGCAAAAUGUUGGAUUAUUUUGUUAUUGCUUCACUACCUGUUGAGUCAGACAAAGGAGCAAGAGUGGCUCUGGUUCAACACGCUCCACCAAAUUUCUCAGGGACUGAAUUAUCAAGCUCAGUAUCUUUAGAGUUUAACUUGACUACAUACAAUACUAAGGAUCUGAUGAAAAUGCAUAUACAGGAAUCACUUCACCAACUGGAAGGUUCAUCAGCUGUGGGUCAUGCUCUAGAAUGGACCAUUAAUAAUGUGUUUUUGGAAGCUAAUAGGCCAAGAAAGCACAAGAUCAUUUUUACAAUACUGGGAAGUAAGACAAGUGCCUGGGAUAGAGAGAAACUUCUGAAAAUGUCAUUGGAAGCCAAAUGCCGAGGAUUCACCAUGUUCACCUUGGCCCUUGGCAGUGAAACUGAUGAUUCAGAAAUGACAGAACUCUCCAGUGUUCCAGUGGAGCAGCACCUAUUACAGAUGGGCAAAGUUCAUAAGUUUGAAUUGCUAUAUGCUCUAAGGUUUAGCCAGGCCUUCUUAAAACUUUUGGAAAGGGAAUUGAAUAUUUAUCCUCCUAAAAACAUGGAAGAAAAAUGUGACAAUCUGGAUCGAGGAGACAACUAUCAGCAAGCUGUAGGGAUAACUGACAGGAUUCUAUUUCCUGGAUUGAAACAUAAUGAUUUGUUGCAACCUUCAGAAUUAUCCAGGAAAAAUGUGCAAAACAAAAAUUUAAAGAUCAUCCAAGGACCAAAAGAAGAACAGUAUGGUCAAAUAGAAAAUAAAUACUUCACCAGCAUCAGUAUGCAAAAUGGGACAGAGACUGAAGAACAUUUUGAGGAAGUACAAAGUGCAAAGAAUUCUUGUUCAAAAGAUAUGGACAGUGGCGAGUGUGAAAAUUAUACUCUGAAGUGGUACUUCCAUAAACAGCAAAACAUGUGCUUCCAGUUCUGGUAUGGUGGCUGUGGUGGAAAUAAAAAUAGAUUUGAAACUCAAGAAGAAUGUGAUGCUUUAUGUGUGGUAUCCUUAUAGUAUGCCUAGCUAUGUGCUAUAUAAGAAAACAGUAGAAUGAACCAAAUAUAAAUUAAAUUCUUUUUGCAGAGACAAAAUCUGCACAACUCAUAUUUGCUUGAAUGCAAAUUUUAAACAACAAGCACUCUUGUGGAAUUUUAAAGGUCAAUAUAUUUUUGAAGAUCAAAAAUUGUGUAUUGUCAACUUCUUAGUCCAUAGGAAUUAGUUUUCUGAUGACUUUUGUUCUUUGCUAGACUAAAGUUAGAAGUCUGUUCCCAAUUACCUCAAUAAUUCCUGUUGUACUCAAUGUAUUGUACUGUAAUACAGUAAGAUUUCUGUUUCAUUUUUAAUGCCAUUGUAAUUCUAUGCUUUCAGAUUACCUACUUUGUGAAUAUUGAAAGAAUUAUGUGAAUGAAUAAAGAACAUUUAAUAAGAAUUACAGAAUGAAUAAAAAGUUGAUAUUGCUUUACAGUACCUAAAUACAUAUUUUGUUCAAAGGAAAAACAAAACAAAAUAUGGUAUUUCAGACAAUUGUAUGUUUAUCUUUGAUAAAACUUAAUACAGAAAUGUAUUUUGUAUUCUAAGAUGCAUGCAAAAGUACAGACAAUUUUUAAUAUUGCUUUUUGUUAGAAAUAAAC